AUGGAACACGAGAUAUCCCUUAUAGAUGCUAUUCUGUACAACUUGGUCGCGGUCAAGCAGCUUUACGAGUUUGAAGUAAACCACCUUUACACGUUUGCUAGCCUGACUCGCCGUUUCGUGGAGGAAAAGAGCGAAGAAGUGGGAGAUAAAUGCACAGUAUUCAAAGACAAGGCAGCAAAGGAAGAACAAUGGGUAAAGGAAAAGAUACGUAACGUGCAAUCGGAAAUUAGCAGGUUGGACAGGGAGGUAGAAGAGCGCAAGGCUUCAAAGAAAAAGCUGAUGGAGCUGUUCGAAAGUCUGAGGAAGGUCGAUGAGUACGAUCACAAAGAGUCCAAAUCCGACGAGUUGCCUAUAAUGGAGAUCCGCGAAGAGCUGGAUGAUGAAGGGCACGUAAUUUCUGGUGAUGUGAAACCCUAUGCAGAAAUGUCAAAUGAUGACCGACGUGUGGAAUCAUCUCGGUCAAUCAACCCAGAAACAGGUGAAACCAAAAAUGAAUCAGUGACACGCAAGGAACCAGCUUCGCAGUCAAAGGAAGCAGACUUUGAUACCACUCUGAAGUCUACCGAACAUGAGGCGGAAAAAAAAGAGGUCCCCACUCAAACUCAGAAGAUUGAGGAACUAUCUGAAGAAGAGCAGAAGAAAAUCGAUGAGGAUCGAGAACAACUGGCUGAACUUCUGGACGAUAUGGAUAUCGUUCCAAAAAAAACCUCUAAUGUGAAUACUGAAAAAGAAGAAACAAAGCAAACUGAGGAAACAAAGGAAGCUAAAGAUCUCAAUGAAUCUUCGGAGAAGACUUCUGAUUAUCCUCCCGGAAAACCAGCAAUCGACCCAGAAGAUAUCCUCACUCUUGAGAUGAUUGCUGAGGAUUUUGAUGACGAGGAUUUCGACGAAGAUGAGAGCUCUCUGACAGGAGCGUUUCCGGAAGAAGAAGGGGAGGACGAUGAUGACGAUGAUGACGAUGAGAGCUAUGUCAGAGUUGUUCCAAGUGGUGCAAGAAGUAUGUUUCUUCAACAGAUAGCAGAAUUACGACAGAGAAAACAGGAAAAGGGUAGUUUGCCGAAUCUUCCGGAACCUAAGAAAGCAGAAGCAAAGAAGAGCGUUAAAUUUGCGGAAUCGGUUCAAAUCAAUGAAGUAGAAAACGUUUCUGAGGAGCUGAAAAAGACCCGAAACACGAAGGUGUCUCGUUUCAAGCUCCAACGCCAACAGCGAGGUGUCAGUCGUGAAAGUACAUCAGAUGAAGACUCAGAGGAAGUCAUGCAUGAUGUGGUUGAAAGAGACAUUGAGGAGCAGUCGGAUAGCGAUAGUUCAAAGAUAUCUGCUGUUCCAGCUUCUCUGGACUACCGGGCGAUGCAGGACGAUCUGGAUACGAUGGCGAGAGCUUACACGCUGGGAAUGUACGACGAUGACAUUGAGACCCAUGGCGAAAUUAUUGAGAAGCUCGGUGAUUUCGAGUCUCAUAACAAGAUGGUGGAGUCAAAACCUGUUGGUGUGCCAAGAGAAGAAGAUGAUGAGCCUGAGGAGGAGGAAGAUGAUGACAUGGUAUUAGUGGACAAAGUUGUGGAGAAUGAGGUUGACGACGCAGAUGAGGAUCCUGACAUCGAACUUGCAGAUGAGGUUCUGGAAGCAAAUAUUGCGAUGGAUUACACGAGACUACGAACAAAAAUGAUACACCAGUAUAACGGAGGAUUUCAAGAGAGCGAGAAGGAGAAGGAAUAUGAGCCUAUUGAGCCGAUCAAGACAAGUCGUUUUAAAGCUGCUCGAUUAGGGCGUAUCAAUUAG